AGCCCAGCCCGCCCAGGGCGGCGGCGGCGGCGGGGAUGCCCAGCUGGGCGGGGCGCGCUGCCCCCUCCCGGCUUGCAAAGCAACUUCCCCAGCGAGGCAGGCAAGCAGGCAGGCAGGCGCUCCUCCUCGGCACACUUCCUCCGGCCGCCCUCACUUCCUCCUCCUGCUCCUGCGAAGCGGCCGAGGCGACCAGCAGCCCAGCAGCGCCCGCCCUGUCGGCCGCCGGAGCGACAUGAGGCCAGCUGAGACUCUGCUGUGGAAAGUGUGCCCCCUGCGCUGGAACAGGAUGGAGAAGGGAGGCUUCCAAAGAGGAUUGGUGAAGGAGGAUCGAGAGAGUGUGCCUGAGCUGCCCAGAUGCAGAGCAUCAAGUGUGUGGUGGUGGGCGAUGGUGCCGUGGGCAAGACCUGUCUCCUCAUCUGCUACACAACCAACGCCUUCCCCAAGGAGUACAUCCCCACCGUUUUCGACAACUACAGUGCGCAGAACGUGGUGGACGGCAGGACUAUAAACCUCAAUCUGUGGGACACGGCUGGCCAGGAGGAAUACGACCGCCUCAGGACGCUUUCCUAUCCCCAGACCAACGUCUUCAUCAUCUGCUUCUCCAUCGCCAGCCCGCCCUCCUACGAGAACGUGAAGCACAAGUGGUACCCGGAGGUGUGCCACCACUGCCCCGACGUGCCCAUCCUUUUGGUGGGCACCAAGAAGGACCUCCGGAGCAACCCAGAGGCGGUGAAGAAGCUGAAGGAGCAGAACCAGUUGCCCGUCACCACCCAGCAGGGGAUCAGCCUCUCUAAGCAGAUCCACGCAGUCAAGUAUAUGGAGUGCUCUGCUCUCAACCAGGAGGGCAUCAAAGACGUCUUCACCGAGGCAGUGAGAGCGGUCCUCAACCCGGCCCCAGUCAAGGUUAAAAAGCCAUGCAUGCUCUUGUGAAGGAGGAUGCUCCCCAACGCUCCCCACCCACUGGUGACCGUUGGGGUGGGUUGGCUGCGAGGGGCUUGGGAGAGAGGUUGAUGCCUGUCCCAUGAUGCCAUCCACCACCCCUCCUGGGCACAGGAUCCACAGCCCUCCUCCUCCUGAUUUUCCCCAGAAGUGACUUUCCCUCCCUCCCUCUCUGCUAGCCAGUUCCAUCCUUUCUGCCCAGCCUUUGCCUUCUUCUAAGGAAGGCGCAGCUCACUUGGAUUACGCAGAUAACCAGGUUUGCAGAUGACUGUGAGGAUGAGGAAGAAAAACCACGUUUGCACUAAUUGCAUGCAGAGUUUGCCUGAGAUUGUGUUUCUUCAUUGGUGCAAGGCCAACAAUUCUGCCUUCCUGUUUGGUGGCCGGGGCCUCAUUUCCGCCUCUUCCUUUGGGGAGAAGGCUUUUCCACUUCCAAACACUCCACACAUCCUCUUGUUCGCCUGAGUUAUCUUGGAAACUGCUCGGCAGAACGGACUGCCCGGGAGAGCGGGGGCAAGGAGACCAAACGCAGCGAUUGGUUUACUCUGCAGCCCAAAAGAACUGUCUGGCCUUGCCGUGGGUGGGAGCUCCUGGGAGAGCAGAGGUUCUAAGCAGGCAAAACAGAGAUGGCCCCAGGACUCCGUUGCAGUCAGCACCCUGCACUCCUGUGGGCUUCAGUGUCUGCUUCACAGAGCUGGCCUCCUCCUCUCUCACUGCCUGCCUGCUGUUCUCAAAACGGAGCCCUGCCAGCCUGCUGCGUCACCCGCUGCACCCACAAAACACCUGAAGGGAUCUGCUGUCAUACACAGCACAACCGGUUUACAAAGCAGGAGCUUGGUUCACUAGGCCCUUUUUGUGCAUCUGCUUGGAUUUUUUUAAAGGACUGUGUAGAAACCAGCCUCCUCCAACCCGGUGCCCUACAGCGGUUUUGGACUACAACUCCCAUCAGCCCCAGACAGCAUGCGCCAGCUGAGACUGACGAGAGUUGUAGGCCCAAACAGUGUGAGGGCACCGGGUUGGCUAAGGCUGGUACAGACUUUCCAUUCAUCAGGGCAGUUCCUCUUCCUGAGACAUGUUGUUUACAGGCCUGGAGGCUCUGGCCAAACUGGCUGACUGUGGCCUUUCCCCUCCCACCCGCCUUUCUUCUGAAAAGAGGAACUCCCGCCUCUCACAGACUGCUGGAGACAGACUCUCUCUCUCUCGUAUUUCCACGGCUGAUAGCCAGGGCUUGGCCUGUGUCUACUUAACAGUAAAAAAGACAGACAAGCAACAAUGCCACGAUAGCCCAAAUUCUAGAGUCCACCACCCCCAACUACUGAGACUCCUACUGAAGCCCUCUCUGGCUUCUGAGCUGGCACUCGGCAGUGCCUGUCCAUUGGUAGGCUUGGUUGCACGGUCAUAUGAGCUAGAAACUUGUUGGAAUGUUUUUAAAGGUGAGGUUCUCAGGAUCUUGAAUUGCUCCAGAAAAUAGCAAGUGUUGUGUUCUAGACAGUGCAGCCAUGGGCCUGGCCACAUCUUAUCAUUCCUCUAGUUCAGUUUUUUUGUUUUAAUUGCCUUUAGAAAGAAGGACCCCAGGUGCCUUUGCUGAUUCUAACACUGCACUGCCCAACACGUUGGUGAUACUUCCUGCUUUUAAAAACCCAGACUAACAACCUUGAGUCUGUUGUCCACCUGCCACGUGGAAAGGACCGUGGCAUACCACGACCCUCCACGUGAGCUGGCAGGAGACCCUCGCUUUGUCUUCCUUCCGCAAGGGAGAAGUGGGCCUUCCUUCUCGGACAAUGGGCCUCCCCAUGUUUGCCUCUUUAAAUCACGUUGUGCAAAAGCCUCCAGAGCAUUUUCUCUCGUUGGCCCAAGCUAAAUAAAGAUAUAAUCCUCCCCUUUA